AAACAAAAAUUGACCCGACCAUCUCCAUUCUCUGUCAGGAGUCAAGAGUAUGGCAGUUUGCUACAUUCUUAGCAAGAGCCUUAGAUCCACACACCCAAUCUUUUCUUCUAGCCUUAGUCAAGUACAUGUUGGCAAGAUUAUCCUGGGAAUCAAGCAUUUUGGUCUUCAAAAUCAGUUGUUCUGUUCAAACAGACCGACCAGCACCUCUGAUGAUCACACAGAAGCCGCCAUUAAAUCAUCCCGCAAGGUAAAGCCUACAUCUCUAGUGACCUCAGACUCCGUUUUAGCCCUUUUUAGAGAGUAUGAAUUCACAGACACCCAGAUCUCAACUAUCCGCGCAGCAAUCCCACGGCUUGCUUUAGCCGAUGCGAAGAAAACCCUUUUGCCAAAGCUCGAGUUUUUGAGCUCGGUAGGCAUGUCGAGGUUCCACGUUGCAACAACAGUGACCUCCAAACCACGUCUCUUGAAUCGGAGCUUGGAAAACCACAUUGUACCCACUUAUACCUUCCUCAAAAGCGUAAUGCUCUCUGAUUCCAUGGCCGUCGAUGUUUGGAAGCGCAGCUCCUGGUUCUUCGUGGAUGACCUUUCCAAGAAUGUGUUACCAAAUAUUGGGUUUGGGAGAGAAUUGGGCAUGUCUCACUUGGUUUUUGCUAUUUUGUUAACAGGGUGUCCUCGUAUAUUGAGGAGAAAGCCUGAAGGGUUCAGAGAACUUGUGGGUAAGGUCAAAGAAAUGGGUUUUGACCCUCAAAGGCAGAGGUUUGUGACUGCUAUUUGCGCAUUGGAUUUCAAAGAGACGACGUGGAAACGAUGUGAGAAGGCUUAUAGGAAAUGGGGUUGGUCUGACGAUCAUAUUCUGUCUGCCUUCAAGAAGGAUCCACAGUGUAUGAUUAUGUCCGAGGAGAAGUUAAUGGGAAUAAUGGAUUUCUUAGUGAACAAGAUGGGGUGGCAGUCACUAACAAUUGCGAAAUAUCCUCCAAUUUUUCGUUACAGCUUGGAUGAGAAAAUGAUCCCGAGGUUUUCAGUCGUUAGAGUUUUGCAUUUGAGAGGACUGAUCAAACAGGAGGAGUUGAGUUUGAGUGGUGUUUUAUCGAACUCGGAGGAGUACUUCUUGGAUCGGUUUGUGAACAAAUAUAUCAGACGAGUACCUCAAUUGUUGGAUGUGUACCGUGGGAAAGUGAAGAUUCAGGAUGUGCAAUCUUUGCGACAUUUUUAACAGGGUGAUAGUGUUGAACCCGGAGGUGCUCCUAGGUCUGUCAAUUGCAUUCAUACUGCUAUCAACUCUUUUUAUAUUUGCUUCUUAUAAACACUGUCUCAGUCUGGAUCUUUUCUUUAAUGAACAACGAGUUGCUGAUGCCAUUUUACAUCAACUAUUAUGCGCAAUGAA